AUGGCUGCCGCGCCCGCGAGCCACGAGUAUUCCGACGAGCGGGGCCCAGGGUUCGCUGGUUACACCUACGACCACAUUGCCGACGCUCAGCCUCGCUGGCCCGCAAGGCAGCCCAGCAUCGAGGAGCUGAGCGACAAGAGCGAGGAGCAGUCGCCACUAGCGGACUUCGACCGCGAGCACUCGCCCGAACCGCCCGUCCCCGCUGAGCAGCAGUCGCCGAUGGAUGCGUCCGAGGGCGGUGUUUCCGAGGAUGAGGGUGCGACGGCUGCGAACGUUCAGCCGCCGCCGUCGGCCGCCCCCGUCGAGCAGCCUAUCUUUUCCACGCCGCCCAAGAACGUGGACAUCAACGCGGUGAAGCGCAUGGCACUUGAUGUGGGAUCCAUGGCCAGUGGUGGCGACGAGGAUGUGGUGAUGAAAGGCUUGGUCAACUUCUACAAGAGCCCAGCCAUGCAGGCUCUAAUCGGCACCAAGAAGCGUGCACCUCCUACCGUGGAGCUCACGCAGGAGGAUCAGGACGAGAAAGAGAUGUGGGAAAGGCUCCAGGCGAAGAAUUUCGAAUUCAUCACGAAGGGGCGGGCGGGGAAUCCCAUAGCGGGGCGGUGGCAGCGCGAGAUCAACAAUCCCAAGUCCGACCUGAAGGAGCGCUACGCUGCAGUUGGCACUGGCCGCACGGCGCAGAUGAACUUUCGCAAGCAGUGGGCGUCGGACAAAUACAACGAGUACAAACGCACCGCGACCGUUACCGAGACCCACAGCCAGGAGUGGAUGAAUACCGCGAAGUUUUUGACGGUUGGCCGCAUAGCGUGGAAGUUCGGGGGCGGCAAGGUUGGGAUGCGAGCUGCCGUCACCCAUUGCACAAAGGCCCUGCAGAUGGGAGAGGAGUUCUACGAGUUCCACGAGCAGGGCGAAAUCAUGCUCUUCCUUUUCGGGGAGAAGGGCUUCAACGAGGGCUUCAAGAAGGCGUGGACCAAGCAUGAGGAGUGGACGUCCACGAUCGCGAAUGCCUCGGGCACGCAGGUGGCUGAUAUGAAGCGCCCAGCUGCAGCAGGUCAGGGCUCCGAUGAUGACUCGGAUCCCGCGCCCGCCAAGCAGCAGAGGGCGCGCGGUUCAACUUCGGGCCUCAGCGACGAGGAUGCGCAGAAAAUCAAGCAGGCGCUGGAGGAGCACAUAAUCGUUCCAACGGACGCAUGGUACGCCACGCAGAAGCUGGACGGCCCGCAGGACUCCGACGUGCUCGUCAAGAACAAGACGCUGCUGGUGAAGCUCAGGAAGAUCCAGCCCCAAGGCAUUGCCCAAAGCGCUCUCCACGGCAUCCUGUACGACCGCGCCAAGGCUAUGGAGGGCGAUUGGCACUUAGCCGACGAGGCCUCCACAUGGGCAACGGAGAAGGCGAAGCACAUUCGUUCCAUGAUGAGGCACGUCUACAACGCGUGCAGGAAGGAGACCCCGCCUAAGUGGGCGGCCGAGAACUUCCCGACCAUAGGCGACGACGACGGCGGUGACGGCAACGACGGUGGCGGUGGCCGGCAACCGCCCACGACGCCGCCGAGGAGGCCGAGUGGCGCGGUCGAGUCGCCGUCGCCUGCCGCCCGGGCGGCCGCCGUGGCAGCGGAGGGCGACACGGGCCACGGGCCCGACAAGUGGAAGUUCGAGUACGACAAGGAGCUACAGGCUGCGUGGCGGAUCCCGAAGCGCGCCGUCAAGGGCAAGGGCACGCCCGAGUACGCUUCGCUCGAGACAAAGCACGGGGUGCUCACUGCGACCUUUGCUGACGGAGUGGUCUGGGAAAUUGGCCCUGCGAGUGAGGCAGCGCCCGAACAUGACGGAGAGAAGCCGUCCAAGCCCUUCAAGAAGGACCCGCUCUUGGUGGUGUGGUCGGGUCAGAAGUCUGAGAACGAGCUACUGGAGGCGAAGAUUACGAAGAAGAAGCAGGACGAGUGGCUCACCCUGUGGAACCACGGCCUCAAGACAUCGGCUGGCAACAGUACGGCAGUACUCCAACUCCGAGGGUACCCAUCGAUCGAAUGGGGCAAGAAGUGCAUGGCAGACCUGGGGCAGAAGUACAUCGAAGGCUGGGACAAGGCGAAGCUGGAGGCGUACAAGAAGUCGCAGCUGAGCGAGGCUGGCGUGCUCACGCAGAGGGCCCGUAAGAGGCCCGCUGUCGCGGCGCCCGCCGACGCGCAUCCAGCGGAUGCGCCCGCGGAGAGCGGCGGCUGCCAUCCACCAGUUGCGCCAGCGGAGAGCCCGAAGAAGAUCCUCAAGACGCCCGCCCCGUCCAAAGUCCUUAUCGAGGGUGGCUCUUCACCGCUGGCCAAGUCGCCCGAGAAGGUUCCUGAGUGCGAGUCGGCGCCCUCGAACCCCAUUUCGAGGAUCCCGAGUCCGCCGAGUGUGCCUGGUUUCAGGUUUUGA